UAACAGAGCUCAACCUUAAAGUUUGUGACAAUUUUUUAGCUUUGAAAUUGGUUUGCAUUGUUUUUAUUUGAAAAUUUAAAGGGAGCAAGAGAAAGACCACCUCCCUGGCUCCUCCAUACUCUUGACAUGAAUUAAUUUUUGUUUCUUCACAAUCAAUUACUAUGAUAAUUUUGAUUUGAUGACGGAUAAUGUUGGGUUCUUCAUCAAUGGCUCGGCAACGAAUCCUAGCUGAAAUGGGUUAUGAGUUUACAAUCAUGACUGCAGCUAUAGAUGAGAAAAGUAUUAGAAAAGAAAAGCCCGAAGAAUUGGUGACGGAUCUUGCUGAGGCAAAGGCAGCUGCCAUCACGCCAAGGCUCCAGAACGCUAGCAGUAUGCUAGAGAAAGAUGCUCACACGACCUUGUUAAUAACUGCAGAUACGGUUGUCUAUAAAGGGAUGAUCAGAGAAAAACCAUGCGGCGAGGAAGAAGCGCGGGAAUUUAUCAAAGGGUGUUCUGGGGCCAAUGCAGCAGUGGUAGGAUCUGUUUUGUGAGUUGUGACCAACCUUAGAACAGGAGCAAGCAAAGGUGGAUGGGAAAGUGCAGAGGUAUACUUCCAUCAAAUACCAGAGGAGGUCAUUGAUAACCUGAUUGAUGAAGGAAUCCCAUUCAAGGUUGCUGGAGGUCUGAUGCUAGAACACCCUCUAACUUUGCCGUUUGUUGAGGCACUGAUAGGGGCAACUGAUACUGUGAUGGGACUAUCUAAAUCUCUCACAGAAAAACUUAUACAGGAAGCUUUAUGUCAACAAGUUUCCUUUCCGAAUUUGAGCUGAGGACAAAU